AUGGCUGGAUAUAAAAGAAAUCAAGAAAUAUUUCAAACAUCCAACUCUAAUGAUAAUGAGAAUAAUUUAGUUGCUACUAGCAGUAGUGGAGCUCAACAAACAAAACGCAAACGCACAGAAAAUAACGAUAAAGAAAGCAUUUGUUGGAAAUAUUUUGAACCAUUUAAGGUCCCAAAAGAAAAUGGAACAGUAACAAAAUGCACGAUUCCUGGAUGCACGACAAGUUACAUAUGGUGCGGAUCUACUUCUAAUCAUGUUGGCCAUCUUAAAACUAAACAUGGUAUAAUGAAAUCUUCAACAUCUUUGACAGCUUUAACACCUUUAAAACCUAUAACAUCAACAAUUAGCUUUAAUAAUCCUGAAUUAGAAAUUAAUAUACCAUUAAUUAAAUUUAUUAUUUCUUCUGGUGCACCUUUUAGUAUUGUUGAUAAUUUAAAGUCCGCAGGAUUUGUUAAUCCAGAUAUUGAACUAUCUACUUCCAAUAUUAUAGAAGGGCAAAUAAAUAAAGCAUAUAAUCGUUUAUUCCUUCAAUUAAAGUCAAAAGCUCAGCAAGAGAAAUCUAUUAUGCUUUCAAUUUGUGAAAUUCAGCCAGAUGAUAGGAUUGGAGAAUCCUAUGUAGUAAUCACUUGUAAUUGGCUAACUAAAGACUUUGAAUUUCAUAAAAUCUUAUUUUUUGCAAAAAAAUGGUUCUCUAAUAUAGACCAAAAAGAUUAUUAUAAAGAUAUUAUAGAAGCUUUAUUAAAGUUGGAAUUUGCUAAUUUGAAAUUUUAUAAUGAUGACGGUAAUGAUUUUUUCGAACUAUUACAUGAUUGCAAAUAUGCAAACUUUCUACGAAAUCUUACACGAUUGCGUAACUGUCCUGAUAAUUUAAACUAUUUAAUAGAAAAAAGUUUAAGUAAAUGGGCUAUAAAAAACGGUAAUACUCAAGGAAUGUUUGAAAUUACAAAAGCUAUCAAAAAUGCUACUACAAAUCUUUGUGGUGUAAUAAGUUUUUUGAAGUCUAAUAUAGAUUUAAUACAAAAAGAAAUACAAAAUAUGCAAAUAACGUUUGAUUAUUCGACAAUUAUGGACAUUCAAAAUGCAAAGAAAAUUAGUUGUAAUUGCAUAUAUCAUAAAAUAGAAUUUCUUAGUCUAAUAGAAAACCCUUUUAUACAAUUAGUCAAUAAUUAUGAUAAUUAUAAAGAUGCUAAUAUUAGGAAAGAAGGCAAAUACUUUAAGGAACUUAUGUUAGAUUCUUUGCCAUUUGGCAUAUUUUCUAAAUUAUUGCAAGUACUUAAACCUUUGGAACAUAUUACAUGUAGUUAUCGUGUAAUAUCUACGAAAGAGUAUAAUGAUUUACUAGAUAGAAUUAGCAUUAAUGCAAAUAAUAUGUUGAAAGAACUUCAAUUUAGUAAAGAUUUAGAACACGAAAUCCUUAAAUCAUUUCUAAUAUUUUCAUGUUAUGAGGAAAAUUAUUUAUUUAUUAAGCGGCUAGCUUCGUUUUUAGAUCCACGUUCUAAACCAGAUGAAAUUUCACCUGUAAAUUUGUCUAUGAUUAAAGAAUUUACACUAAAAAAAUGUCAAACAUUUUAUUUAGACAAUAUUUUUUCGGACAAUUUGGAUAAAUCAAUGCAAGCAGCAAACGAAGAGUUGAAAUGUUAUAUUAAUCGCCCACAAUUAUUAUUAGAUAGUGAUAUUAAUCCGUAUGAGUGGUGGCAAGGUUCAAAACAAAUGCUUCCUGGACUAGCUGCUCUUGCAAGAGAAUAUUUACCUACACAAACUAUGUAUGAAGAUGAUCCAGUAAAAAAUUUAGAUAAACUUAUAAAAACUCAUGAACCAACGCAAGGGGCCGAUAUAGGUGUAGAAAUAUCAAUAUCUAUUUUAGAAGUUCAUAAUUUUAGUGAUAUCUAA